UGGAGCUAGCGUGGUAGCUAGAAGGGGAACUGCGGAAGGUUGUGAGAUAAGAAACACAUUUCUUACCAAAGACAGUACUAUUUCCUUUAUUUCAUGCGUUUUACGUUAAACGGAUUCAAAUGGCUUUCAAGACUUACAUAUAUUCUUUUCAUUUAUCCUAAAAAUACAACGUAAGACACGCAUUGCUGUCAACCUUGACAUGCUAACGUUACAUACAGUUGCAUAAGUAGCCUUAGUUCCUUGGUAGAAAUUCACUGUAUUGUCAACCACCUAACAGCCACGAAGAUGGCUUCUCUCAGAGCAUUGUCGUCCACCAGGGUUGGCACUUUCUUCUACAGGAAAGCACCAAGCUCGACCCAAGUUUUAGCAUCAUGCAGUAUUUGGUGCAGAAGAAAUCUGUAUGGGUCACUCAGAAGACAUAACAGCAUGUCUGCAUGGGUUAUUGACCAAUACGGUACGAAUGAGGUCCUAAGGGUUAGCGAUGAAAUCAUGAUGCCCACCAUAAACCUAGCCAGCGAAGUGCUGAUAAAAGUUGAAGCUGCCAGCCUCAACCCCCUUGACAUCUCGAUGAGGGGUGGUUAUGGAGCUACACUGUUGAAGUUGAGACGUGACCCCAUGUCUGUGAUGCAGAAUGACACUGAGUUCCCGCUGAUCCUGGGCCGUGAUGUUUCUGGUGUAGUGGUGGAAUGCGGCUCCCAGGUCACACAUUUUGCUCCAGGUGAUGAGGUGUGGGCAGCAGUUCCUCCCUGGAAGCAGGGCAGUCUGGCCGAGUACCUGACCCUCACCGAGUACGAGGUCUCCCACAAACCAAAAUCGCUGAGUCACACAGAAGCCGCCUCCGUCCCUUAUGUCGCCACAACAGCUCUGUCUGCCCUGGUCAAUGCCGCCGGCCUGUGCAGUGACAACUGCUCUGAUAAAAGGGUUCUGAUCACUGGAGGUUCUGGGGGCGUUGGGACCUUCUCCAUCCAGCUCCUCAAGGCUUGGGGGGCCCAUGUGACGGUGACCUGUGCUGGGAACGCAGAGGGGCUGGUGCGAGGCCUGGGAGCGGACGAGGUGGUGGACUACACCGCUGGGGACGUGGCUGCUCAGCUGGAGGCCACAGAGAGGUACGACGUGGUCCUUGACAACGUGGGGGGCGUGGACACGGAGCGGUGGGCCCUGGGCCUGCUGAGGCCCUGGUCGGGGGCCAAGUACGUCACGCUGGUCAGCCCCCUCCUGCACAGCACCGACGCGGCGGGCCUGGUGGAGGGCCUGGGGCGCUCCGGCUGCAGCCUGCACAGCAAGGCCCUGCAGAACCUGCUGUCCCGCGGCGUCUUCUACCGCUGGGGCUUCUACGCGCCAGACGGCCCCGCCCUGGAUGAGGUCAGCGCGCUGGUGGACGCCGGGAAGCUGCUGCCGGUGGUCCAGGCGUGCUUCCCCUUCAGCCAGGUGCCGCAGGCCUUCCAGAGGGUGGAGCAGGGCCACGCCCGUGGCAAGACGGUCAUCAGCGUGGGGGGCCAGCGGGACCCCCUGUCUGAGCAGGAGGAGGGCUGCCCCGCGGAGGACGGGGGCCGCCAUGCCCGCGCUCAGACGGCCCACUCAUAGCGGGCAGAGGAGGGCCCGUGUUGCUCUGGAGACGUGAGGCCACGCCGAGCAGGCAGGAUAACAUGUACUUUAUCAACUCCCACAGGGGUUUAAGGCAAGAGAUUAUAUUUAUUAUUUUUUUCCACUAGAAGGGGAGAAAUAAGGCUGUCUUUGGCAACAGGGAAUUGUCUAGCCAGGAUAAGCGGUGUGUGUGUGUGUGUGUGUGUGUGUGUGUGUGUGUGUGUGUGUGUGUGUGUGUGUGUGUGUGUGUGUGUGUGUGUGUGUGUGUGUGUGUGUGUGUGUGUGUGUGUGUGUGUGUUUCAAUCUCAGCUUUUUAGCAGAGAUAGUCUAGAGAGGUUGAGCUGAUACAAGCACUGCAUGAGUGAAUGGGGAAAGCUUCUUCUGCAGUCCCUCUGAUUUCCCAAUGUGGUAAACCUGAAAGGCUUCUGCUGUACACUGGGGUUUGGAAAGCAAAGGGGUUUUCAUUCAUCCACACGACCAGCUGUUUGUUCUGUAAUAAAUAAAGUGACCGUUUUCAAGAAAAGGCAGGUUUUUUUUAUUGCUUCAGGGAUGUAAGGCACACUGAUGAAGUUAAAUACUGUAUGUAUUGAAAAAAGGUCCAAAGAAAAUUAUAUUGUUUAUCAAAGAAUCCAAACCGACUAUUCAUGAAAAAUAUAGAACCAUAAAACUGAGAUACUCAAUGAUAAAAGCAGACCUACUGAAAAUAUAUCUCAAGUACUGAUGCAAGAAGAGUCCAUAGUCUCAUUCCUUGGUCUUGCUUCAUUGCGUGCUUCGUAGUUGUAACCACAUUUCCCAUAAUCCCCGCUUGCUUCAUAGUCCAGCAGCUAAAGGCAGUCGUACUCCUGGUGUGUCCCCUGGUCUCAGAACUGACGGGGGCCCUCCUGCUUCUGCGCCCCACAGCACGGGGGGCGGAGCUCCACACAGGACAUCCGGGGUCAAUCCUGUAGCUCAAAAGUCUUUCAUACAAUCUCCACAUCCCACUGUUGGGUCGGCUUAUUCGGGUCGAAGGUGCUGAGAAUCACUUGGUUUUUGUCGUAGUUAUGCCCCCCUGUAAAACACAUAAAAAGAUAAUUAAAUGAGCACACAUGCAUUCAUAUCCAUUUUUUUGUUCAUUACAAAGCUACUUGUUUUUAUGUGAAACUGGGGUGUGCUCAUUUAGACACGGCAGUCAGAAGACAGGUUGAAAUGCUAUUAGUGGCUUUAACACAUAUUCCCUUGCAAGUUACAAUGGUGAAAAGGGUUGAUAAUGUCCCAUAAUUGAGUCUGUAGAUGUAUCAUUACAAACAUGGUAUUGAAUAUCAUUCACAACAAACAUUCGAUUUAGUUACAACUUUUUCUCCCAUGACAUUGUAUGUGUAUUCUUCUUCUCCAAGUCAGGAUGACCACCAGGGGUCACUAAUUGACAGGGAUGUGAAGUGUAACUCAGACCCUUCGGUGGCGUAUCCUUCGUUGGUCAACCUAUACCACAAUCCCGUGUCUCCGCAGAAGGGCUCUAACAAAGAGUUAAAAUCAAUGGCGAGUGACAGCCACGAGUCUGGGUCAAAGAAAAUAAUGACAUUCUUUUCAAUCUCAGAUUUAUUUCCUACAGAUUAAUCUAUUUAGAUGUACUUUGGUGACAGCAUGAAGUAGUGACGCAUGGCUGCCUUUGAUGUACGCACGCUGUAUGUCGUAUGCAGGCACUUUAUGUAAGCACUCAAUGUUUUUCGUAUGUCCUUGCACCCAGUACUAAAAAUAGUACUAGGCAUUGUGUAUCAUCUUAUCCUAGCUAGCUUUGUUGUAUACGGGGAAUGGGUUUACCUAGCGAUUGUGAGUGCUUGCCACUCGAUUCUAUAAACAUCCUUACUGUACCGACAGAGACAUAUUGUGGUUUCUCUUUCUUCUGACAAAUUUCUUCUGACAUAUUUUAAGUCGCUCUGAAUAAAAGAGUCUGCUCACAGGUGACCUCAUACAAAACACUGCCUCUGAAAGAUACCGCCUCACCAGAGAGCAAGGCAGCAGGCCGCUGGCUCCCCUUUGUCGCAGGACAAAGGCGAGCUCAAUGUCACUCAGAGCACUAAUUAUGGGUCUGCUACAAAGAACAAAGUUAAUCCUCAAAUAUGCAUCCUUCAUAACUUCUUAAUGAGACCAUACUGUCAAAGAGGUUCAUGCAAAUGUAUUGUAUGGAAAUAAUCUCCUUCACCAGACAAACAAAUAUAACUACAAAAACAAUAGGGAUCCAACAUGUUGGCUUGGACCCCUAAAUAUAUUGUUCUUGUAUUAGGAGAAACUAAAUCCCAUUCCUUCCAUAGCGCCUCCCGUAAACCCCUUAGAGGCCUUUGGAGGACCCACAUUGUGUGCUACUUUCAUUUCCCAGGGCCCCGGUAAUUCACUUUAUUAUUUUAGUUUAUUUGCGUGUCUCAAAUCACCAGCGAUGGGCAAACGUGUGUUACCUUCAUCAAGGUGUGUUACAUCGGGGCUUAGAUCCCAUGACCCCUCGACCCCCCCAAGCCCAGCUCAUUGUGAUUAGUGCGACCGCUGUGUACCGUCUACUAGUAAAGGUGGUCCUCAGUACAGCUCGUGUGUGCUGUAGACACACGAGUCAGAAGACGGGUUGAAACGCUCUAGUGGCAUAUCGAGUGGCAAAUAAUUCCUUAUCAGGUUAC